AUGGCGUCAAUUCACAUGAAGAAUCUAGCUGACCUUUGCCGUGUAUGUGGCGAAAGGCUUCAAAAAUCCAAGAAAGCGGUUACUUCAAAGUUUCUCUGUAUGAAAUGGAAAGAUUUCUUGGCUGAAAAAUUUGAAAUUUUUGUGGAAAAGGAUCUUGAAGAAAUACACCCGCAAUAUUUUUGUCAUUCAUGUUACGCGCAUCCUGACUGAAGAACACUAGUUAAGGCCACAUGGCUCACUCAUUACGAAGAUAACUGUGGAGUAUGUUCCCGUGUAGAAGAGAUUAAAAAAGGAGCACGGCCCAAGAAGCCAAAAAGGGGAAGGAAGGCCGAUUCAAGACCUUCCAAUACGCAGGAGACAAAGGACGCCAACGAAACCUCUUUACAAGCUCUUGAAGAGCUUACUAAAGACUUACCUUCUCUUCGCUUCAAGGAGUUUUCCGAUAAAUUUUCCUUUCCCGAAAAUAUGAAACGAGAUUUAAUUUGCCCGGUUUGCCUUCAAGUCUUGGAUAAGCCAGUGGAAACCACUUGUCAGCAUUACUUUUGUGUAGAAUGCCUAAAAGGCUUAAUUAACAGUGGCCAAGGGGGUACAUGUGCUGUCUGUAAGGAGAAAGUUGGCCCUGUAAAAAUCCCUACACGAAUGGUACUAAAAUUAAUAGCUGAGCAGGAGGUAAUAUGUAAGAAAUGUGGCCAGACUGUGCACUACGAACACAGUUCAUCUCAUGUUUGUUCCAAUGACACCGCACCUGUUCCUGAACAGCCUCCAGCAAUGGCAGCUCCCCUUGAUCCCACCCAGACUUUGCAGCAAGUUCUAAAAGACGCUCAAGCUGGUAAUUUCUCACCAGAAGUGGAAAAAUUUGCACGGCAUAUGUCAGAAGUAGAAUUUAAAAUGCCCCGGAUGGAAAAACUGUACUCUUCAAGACUGGUGGAAAGGUAACUUUAUGUUUUGAAUUUGCCCUGUAAUUAAUCAUUCUUCCCUUCCCUUAUGGUAUGUGCUCAUUUUACCUAUUAAAUGUUGUCUUAGCCUUUAG